AUGACGCUAAGCGUCGUAAAUUGUUUCGUUGUCAUUGGUAAUUUGCUGGUUUUUUAUGUAAUUUUGACGAAGAAAUCACUUCAAACAUCGACGAAUCAUUUGGUUUUAUCACUCACAAUCAGUGAUUUACUUCUCGGAAUUCUAAUUCUUCCAUUCGCUAUUAUUCAGGAGCACUCUCACGAAUGGAUAUUUGGACAUUUGGGAUGCCGUCUCUGGUUAUCUGUCGACGUAUUCCUUUCAACUGCUUCAAUUUACAACCUACUUGCAAUUUCAUUCGACAGAUAUAUGGCUGUCCGACAACCAAUCAAAUAUCCUAUCAUUUCAUCCACAAAAGUAGUUCGUCUGAUGACAUUUCUAGUUUGGUUCUGUUCUCUACUGCUCGCUGCAAUACUUUUCUUACUUGAAACAUUAAUUGCUCAUGACGCGACACCAUCAAAAGAAUGUCAACCAACAACUCUUCCGUCAAUGUAUAUUAUAUUCUCUGCAAUGGCUUCAUUCAUUGUUCCUGCAUUUGUGAUGGUUAUUCUCAACGUUAGAAUAUUUCAAACAGUUCUUCACACUUCGAGGACAAUGACUGUCAAAUCGAAGAAUGGAUCAUUGAGAGUUCACAGAAGGAAAGAACCAAUUGUCCCAGUGAAGAAACUCGAGAGAUAUGAAACUCGUCUAAGUCAAGAGGAUGAAGGCGUGGGAUCUCCAUCAAAAGAAGUCAUUGACCCAGUUCCCGUGAUUGCUGCAGUCGUUGAAAAGCAUAAGAAUUCAGUGGAUACACCCGCAAUACGCUCAUUUCUCACGCACACUGUGGUUUUUGGAGUUUUGGAAGCCAAAAAGACGAAUAUCAUCAAUCACAUUACACAAAAGAAAUGUAUGCGAAGAUCACUUCGAACCGAAAUGAGAGUGGCUCGAACGACUGGAAUCGUGGUUGCAGCAUUCAUUGUCUGUUGGAUUCCAUUCACAACAAUAUAUGUUCUUCAAGCGUAUUCCAUAUGUACAGUGGCUGCUGGAUGUAUUCCAACUUCUCUUUUCACAACUGCUUUCUGGUUAGGAUACUCAAAUUCUGCAGUCAAUCCAAUUCUAUAUGCUGCAUUCUCUCGUGAUUUCAGAAUUGCUCUGAAGAGAUUAUUCUUUCAAAAACCGAAAUUUUAA